UACUUGUCUCCAAAUAUUUACUAAGGCUGAAGGCAAGAAGGCUCUCUGGAGUUUGGGUCCCUUUUUGGUCACGUUUCUCCCAGACAGGACGAAGCAAAGGGGGGACAGUGUGUCCGCCAAUGGAUACCACAGAGAUACACAAAAAGAACAAAACAACAGGCAUGGGAGGGGAGGGGCACAGGACUCUUUUCUACUAAAAAUCGACCAACAAAACCAGCAGCAACAACAAAAUCUUCAGGCAUCAGGGUCUGAGAGCGCAGAAUCAACAGCCUGGAAGCUCGUAAACAUCUAGGAGGCAGAUAACUAAUCAUUAUGGCAUUUGCGUGACUUUAGUUUAAAUUACUGUCUAUUUUUUAAUGAUGAUAGCAUCAAUGCAGGGCUCUUUCUUCAGAUCUUCCACUCUAAACUACCUUCAUUUUGCUGCCUAAAACUCUUUUUACUGUGCCCUUUAGUUUUCACUGAGUAAAGUCUGAGACCUGUGGCUUCUUCGUUGUUUAUUUUAUUUUGCGGGAUGAUUUAGCUUAUUAGUUAUAGAUUUUUAAACUACCAUUAAUCCCCAAAGUGAACGGAAUCAGCCACAGAAAAAUCCCCAAAUCGUAAAGGGAAAGGGGAAACUUUAAGCCUAGAACUCAUUGUUUCCUGUAUUUCAAAGGGGGGGAAACCUGAACGAUUCUCAUCCUUUUGAUUGAUUAAGGUCUUGAAUAACUUGAGGCUCGAGAGUGACAGUUACUGAAUAGACUAUUGCAAAUAAAGAGCACUGUGCAAAGCCGGGCUGGCACUUCAGAGUGUAAAGGAGGCGAGUUUGCUGGCACUUACCAAGUUAUAAAUAAAAGGACAUGCACAAUAGUACCUUCUUUAAGGACAGACAGUCUUUACAACACUCCUGGCGUCAUAUCCUGCUGUGGUCACUUCAGCUCCUAGUCAGACUUUACUUCUUUUAUUUUUCCAGCAGUUUAGUUUGAAUACUACAAUAAAUUCCUGGGAACAAAUGCUUGUUAGCAAGACUUACUUUAACACACACACGGAUAAAUAUAUAAUAUAGGGCCACAUUUUGCCAUCCGUUCUUAAAGCAGAAAUUCCCAGUGGGAACAAUGGAUACUUCUGCUUAAAAACCGAAUAGCACCAUUUGCUCCAGAGAUUUUAUUCUCCAUUGCUACCGAUUUCAGCGAAAAGAGAAAGCGAGAAAGACAAGGAGAGAGAGGACAGUUUUAUUCCUCCCUUCACACAUUCUCAGAGAAGAUGUGCUGGUGGAAAUAGGCAAACAAAGAACUGUAUCAAUAGAAACACAACUUCCCCUUUAAUUUCUCGCAGGCUGUUUGACCAGGACAGCAUACAGCUGUACGUCUACAAUCCCUCAGGAAAGAAAAGGUGACCAGAGAGACCGACUUCAAGAAAUGCAAGUGUCUGGUUGCUUCCUUAUUGUAAUCUCCUUCAAGUGGCAUUGUGCCAAGACAGUUGUAAAAGGAAUGAACAGUUUCCCCACUGAAGGCUGCUUUCUCCCCUGCUUUUGCAUUUUCUCCUGUCCAGCCAUUCUAUGAAAGGACACUUUAUCAAGGGAAGAGGCAAUGCCUGGGUCACACUCCUAGAUUGAGGCCUCGAUUGUAAUGAUGAGAAGAGAAAGUUGCAGAUUUCACCCAAUCAGCUCCUGUCUUCUCCAGACGGGACAGUCUCCCUGCUGGCCAAUCGCAGCUCAGAGAUCCUGAUGAAGCUUUGGGGGAAAGAACUAAUAAAUACUCCAGAGCGGAGUUCCUUUCACUCUGUAUCAACAACAGGAAGAAAUCAUUCCUGCCACCCCCUCCCUUUUCAUAUCAAAGUGCGCUCAUCUUCACACAGUGGCCAGCAGCCGCCUGAGCUCUUUCCCGCGACUUGUAUGCAAGUUUCCCUUCGUCGCCCCAAACUUUGUUUCCCUUUCUCCUUUUUGUCUCUCUCUCUCUCUCCCCUUUGCUUUGGGAUAUCACGUCUUAUUGACAAAAGGAGAGCAAGUCGUUCCCCCCUCCCCAACUUCCCCCUCCCUUUUUUUCCAGGACUUUCCCUUUUUCAGUGGGAUCUAUUGCCAGAGCUGAUCUCUCGUAUAUCAGCAUUCACCUGGAUAUAGUAUUAAAGUAAAGCUGUAUACAACAUGACAACUCUAGCUGGAGCUGUCCCAAGAAUGAUGCGACCAGCUCCCGGGCAGAACUACCCUCGCAGCGGAUUUCCAUUAGAAGUGUCUACUCCGUUAGGCCAGGGCAGAGUCAAUCAGCUCGGUGGAGUUUUUAUCAAUGGCAGGCCUUUACCCAACCAUAUCCGACACAAGAUAGUGGAGAUGGCCCAUCACGGGAUCAGGCCCUGUGUCAUCUCUCGCCAGCUGCGCGUGUCCCACGGCUGCGUCUCCAAAAUCCUCUGCAGGUACCAGGAGACUGGCUCCAUCCGGCCGGGGGCCAUCGGGGGCAGCAAGCCCAAGCAGGUGACAACGCCGGAUGUUGAGAAGAAAAUCGAGGAAUACAAGAGGGAGAAUGCCGGCAUGUUCAGCUGGGAGAUCCGGGACAAACUGCUCAAAGACGGGGUCUGCGAUCGAAACACGGUGCCCUCAGUGAGCUCCAUCAGCCGCAUUCUGAGAAGUAAAUUUGGGAAAGGAGAAGAGGAGGAGGCCGAACUGGAAAGAAAAGAAGCGGAAGAGAGUGACAAGAAGACCAAGCAUAGCAUUGAUGGGAUCCUCAGCGAACGAGCAUCAGCACCCCAAUCUGAUGAAGGCUCUGACAUAGAUUCUGAACCAGAUUUACCUUUAAAAAGAAAGCAGCGUCGUAGUCGAACAACCUUUACUGCAGAACAACUAGAAGAACUGGAAAGAGCUUUUGAGAGGACCCACUACCCUGAUAUUUACACUCGGGAAGAACUUGCACAAAGAGCCAAACUUACUGAGGCUCGGGUUCAGGUCUGGUUUAGUAACCGUCGUGCUAGAUGGAGGAAACAGGCGGGGGCCAAUCAACUGAUGGCUUUCAACCACCUGAUCCCAGGAGGAUUCCCACCCACUGCCAUGCCAACCUUGCCAACAUACCAGCUAUCUGAGCCCUCCUAUCAACCCACCUCCAUACCACAAGCUGUGUCUGAUCCAAGCAGUACAGUCCACAGACCUCAGCCGCUUCCUCCAAGCACUGUACACCAAAGCAGCCUCCCUUCAAAUCCAGAGAGCAGCUCUGCGUAUUGCCUACCCAGCACCAGGCAUGGAUUUUCCAGCUAUACAGACAGCUUUGUGCCUCCAUCCGGGCCCUCAAAUCCCAUGAACCCUGCCAUUGGCAAUGGCCUUUCACCUCAGGUAAUGGGCCUCCUGACUAACCAUGGUGGUGUACCUCACCAGCCCCAAACUGAUUAUGCCCUCUCACCCUUAACUGGGGGUCUAGAACCAACCACUACUGUAUCAGCCAGCUGCAGUCAGAGACUAGAUCAUAUGAAAAGUUUAGAUAGCCUGCCUACAUCACAGUCCUACUGCCCACCAACUUACAGCACCACCGGUUACAGUAUGGACCCUGUCACAGGAUACCAGUAUGGACAGUAUGGACAAAGUGCCUUUCAUUAUCUGAAGCCAGAUAUUGCAUAAAUGAACUGUCCACUUCAAGUUAAAGCUUGUCUUGUUUCUGGUCUCACUCCAGUGCUUGGAUGGGAGGGAUCUUCUCACCAAAAUGCAACCCAAGCUGGGGCAAUCACAAUAGAGAUACAGGAUCAUUCUGUUCUUUUCUCGCGUCAUUGCUUUCGAUAGACAUUUCGACAUGUUGGACGUAACAGUUCAGAAGACAAAGACCAAGAGCAAUAAAAAAUAAACAAAUAAAUAAAUACAACACAGUUCAGCGUGGGCAGGUAUAAAAAAUGCUGAAGAAUUUAAAAUCACUGACUGACAAAGCAUUCCAUUUUAUGUUGCUGAAAAAGCAUGCAUUGAUUUGGACAAACAAAAUAUUCUAAAACUUAACAGUUGAGCUCUGCAAACUCAGACUCUUGACAUCCGAUGCUGACUUUAUUCUAACUUUAAAACUGCUCAGUUUCUGAAGCAUGAGCAGGAGAACAUUUUGAUUUUACACACUGGAAAUUGACAUCAAGACGAAAUGUCAUGGUCUGUAGGAAGCUAGGAUAGAUGUAAAAGACUUCCAGAACAAGUUAAUGGUUAUCUUAUCAUUCUUUUGUAAUCAUGUUGUCAAGAAAUGUCACAUACAAGUUUUGCUUUACAAUUAACAAGAUAUUGUGUAACAUGAAGAAAUUUUUUUGCAAUUUGUGUGUGUGAAGUUUUCCUAAUCCAUGUUACGUUCUGAAACAAACACGGAAAAGGAAACAACAACAACAAAACAAAGUGACUUUGAUUUCCACAACUGCCUAACAAUGUGCAAUACUGUGUACCUCACACAAGCUUUGGGAUCAUCCAAAGUGAUAUAGAUAGAACUAUAUUUUUGCAGGUACUUUUAUUUUUGCAGUACAUAUUUCAUUAUGAUAAAAUGCAGAAGUGGUGCAGUCCGUAGUACAACAGAAUCUGGCUCACGAGUCAUGACCAUUUUCAGGAAACAAUACAUUUGAAAUGAUUACGUUUACAUUCUCUUUUAGUGAUGUACAGGACAUGAACAGAGAUGUCCCUGUAUCUGACAUGUACUUUUAAAUUAUACAGUGAUAGCUAAUAUAGAAAAAAUAAUAAUAGGAACCGAGGUUUACAUAAGUUUGUGUUGUGACAUUUUAGAAUGUCAAUAAAUUUGUGUUUUGAAAUGUUAAGAGGAACAGGAAGAUGGAAGGCAGUGUUAUUUAUUUCUCUUUAUUCUUGGAACAAUGAAUGAGGUAGGACACAUACAUUCCUUUUAGCAUUAAGGACUAUGAAGUAGUGAGAUAGUGAGACUAGGUGUAGUACAGAGAUUAGUUCACACAUUGGUCUUAAAAGGUGAUGGAACAAAAGAAAUAUUAUCUUUGUGUUGCAGCCUCUACCAACAACACAUGUGUUGUAAAAAAAAUGUCUUUCAUGUAAAAAGUGCAGUAAAUAUUUACUAUUUAUAAUGAAUAAACAGUUAUGAAGACUU